GUUGCUUUAUGUUGUUUGUUUUCUGGCUUCACGGGAGUUUAACUAGUUCUAGUAGUUUUUGCCACUUUACUGCAACAUAGUGAAGUAACAAAGGCAAAUUUGUUAACAGAGAAAAUAGUGCUAGCCGUCUUUUUAGAAUAAAUAUGCUAAUGUCAGUCGUAGUUUAUGUCGUAGAAAUUAUGACAGUAGCCGAAUGGCAGUAACACCAACGUGUGGUUGCCCACUGUCGGUCCUGCUUGUUAUCGGUCAGCUAGCUAGGUGUCUGUGAUGACUUUGGACAAGCUAACCAAGAAGUAGCUGAGUAAGAAGGUGCCCGCAGCAGCACUCGGGCGUAUUUUACACAUUGUUGACGGAACGGCUUUAUAAUGAGGACCUCUACACUGAGAAGAAAAUCUCACCUCUGUUGCUAAAGAGAUUGUAUUGGACAUCAUCAUGAAGACCAUCUCUGCCAAGAGAGGAAGACCACCCCGAAAGAAAACUGAGAUUACUGGGACUAAAUGUGCCAAAUAUACAUUUGUUAAGACCGAGCCACUGCCUACAGAAGAUGUGUUAGUAAACUCUGAGGCAGAUAAACCGUCCUCACAAUAUCCUUACAAUGGAACUAAAGACUAUACCUCUUCAGAAAUAAACCAAAUAAAGCAAGAACCAGGUCACUUUCAAUCACAGGCAGCCCAAAUCCAGGAGUUAAUGCAGGGUAGCAGCAAUCUGCAGCCCCAGCCUUCUGAUUUCAAAACACGGUUUCCAAAGACAGAACCACAUUGUGUUCCAGUACAUUCGGAUGAUGUUGAGUUAAAAGCUGAGCCAGACAUUCGUGAUGUGGUGUUGAAUGGUGAGAGAGGUUUACAUUUGAAGGAGGAGCGAGAAGAAGAUGGGACAAAAGUCAAACUUGAGACAACAGAGAGGUUUGCCGAGAGGGCUCUCAGACAGGAUGAAGAACCAGCUUCUAAUUCUGUCCUUUCCUGCCCUUACUGCUCUGUGUCCUUCACUGACUUCAAAUACCUUGAGAAACACCUAAAAUGGACUCAUAGGAGUAACUACCUCGCCUGGCUUAAAAAUCACAAAGCACCACCCCAGUGCACCAAAAUAUCUUCCAGUAUGUUGAGCUGUUCCUACUGUCCCAAUCGUUUCUUUACCCAAAGGCAACUAAAGGCACACAUGCAGCGGAAUCAUUUACCUUCACCUGCACCGGCUCGGAAACGCUACACCUGUCCUCAGUGCGACCGCAGCUUUGACUACAUAGGCAACUUGCAGAACCAUUGUCGGAAGUGCCAUGAUUUGGACACUUUGUGUACUGGAGGAGAGCUUAGCUGUUCGGCAUGUGGAAAAAGCUUUGCAGGAAUGUGGGGCCUUGGACCACAUUGCUGUAAUGAGUUGGAGGAGGACGAGGAGCACAAACCGGACCUUGAGUCGGACAGACCUCUUUGCACGGAUCGUGGAUUCCUGUGCCGACAUUGCGGCAAGAACUGCCCUACACUUCAGAGCCUGACCAUACACAUGCGUACCCACACUGGAGAGAAGCCGCACGCUUGUAGGGACUGCGGCCGUGGCUUCAGUGAGUCGGGCAGCCUGCGCAGACACAUGGCCAUCCACACUGGCAUCAAGCCCUAUGAGUGCCCGGAGUGCGGCAAGCACUUUGCCAGGAUGAACCACCUCAGCACACACCUGCGAACGCACACGGGUGAAAGGCCAUACCAGUGCUCUGACUGUGGGAUGAAGUUCAGUCACAAGGCUACACUUCACAUGCAUCAGCGUGUUCAUUCCAGAGAAAAACCCUUCUCUUGUCCAGACUGCAGCAAAGUGUUUGCAACACUGGGCAACAUGAAGGCCCACCAGCUGAUGCACAACCAAGACAGGAUUUAUGAGUGUGAGCAGUGUGGGAAGAUGUUUGCACGGCCGGAUGUCCUAAAGAAGCACUUGCACACUCACAGUGGAGAGAGGCCUUACCUUUGCACUGUCUGUGGGAAGAGCUUCAGUCGUGUCCAGCACUUGACGAACCACCAGCGCACGCACACGGGCGAGAGGCCAUACAGCUGCGAGGAGUGCGGCACCACCUUCAGCCAGUCAGGCGAUUUGACCAAACACAUGCGCAGUCACACGGGAGAAAAGCCGUACGCCUGUCCCGACUGCGACCGUCGCUACAACAACUCUGGGGACUUGAACAAGCAUAGGCGCAGUCACACCGGCCAGAGACCUUACCGCUGUCAGCAGUGUAACAAAGCGUUUUUCAUGCCUCACCACUUAAAGACGCACAUUCUCACGCACACUGGAGAGAGGCCGCAUAGCUGUCCACGAUGCUGUCGAACCUUUAUACGGGCACACCACCUUAGCCAGCACAUUAUCAAGCAUCACUAAAAUUGAGGAGUUUGCAAAUUUUAGUGUCUGAUGAUUUUAGUAAGUAAAAACAACGCUUGCCAGUGAAUUGCAAACAAAUGUUAUUUCAACUCAUUUUCCACAGAGAACUAAUGAGAAACUGAUUUAAGAAACCCAACAUCAAGCCUUCUCUUUGGAAAACCAUAAGAGGGUAGUGCAUUGGCCCCUUAUGCUCAGUCUUUGAAAAGAAAUUUAUUUUAAGAAAAAGUGAUAAAAUAUUGUUAAAAAACAUAAGCGAUUGCUUGACCAAAAGUGGAAUUUACACAAUUUUCCUCUUAUAUUUUGCCCCACAUGUAGUCAGUCAUGUUUGGUACUUCUUUAGCUUUGGGCUAGAGCUAAAGAGACAAAUGUAGCUAACAAGUAAGAAGCUUAGACCUACCCACAUCAUUAGUUAGAAACGUGAUAGCCAAAAGCAUCCUAUAAAUGUCUUAAACCACUCGGGGUGGUUAAGUAUUGUCAAACAUGCUUAUGUGUUUUUUUACAUUGUGUGGCAUGACAUUAUGACAAAUGUAUGUUGCAUAGUAAAAAAUCCCCUGAAUUUUA